CGACAGCAUUACUGCUUAGGCGAUCUCCGCUUCCCCAAGACAAUGGAUUUGAUGCGGCGAGGCGACCUACGCCCAACGACAGCAUGGACAUGCUUAGGCGAUCUCCGCUUCCCCAAGACAAUGGAUUUGAUGCGGCGAGGCGACCUACGCCCAACGACAGCAUGGACAUGCUUAGGCCAAGCGGCUUCGACGCUGGAAGAGGGUGCCUGUCUUGGGCUAGAAGGCAGCAUUCCACAGGGUACAACCAAAUGCCCCCAGCCAACUCAUCUCUUGACUCGGACAGGGUCCGUACAGAUAGUGCUGCUGUAAAUGCAGGUGCAAUGCCAGAAGUGGAUGUGGAGGUCCGUGGGACGGGGCCGCUUCCGGAAGCUUGGCGCAGCUGGCAGCAGGUCACAUUCCCACCUCGGGUGCGUGCUCCUUUGGUGUCGGCUGGCUUCCCUGCUCCCACGCCCAUCCAGCAACAUUCCUGGCCAAUUCUCUCCGGAGGUCGAGAUUUGAUCGGCAUCGCAAAGACAGGUUCGGGAAAAACGUUGGCAUUUCUGAUGCCAAUUUUUGCACAGUUGCUGGAAAGCAGGGCAGAUCUCAGAGGCCCACCUGCUGCUUUGGUUCUGGCUCCUACUCGGGAGCUGGCAGUCCAGAUCGAAAGUGAGGCCAAGCGCUUUGGUGAGACUGCAGGGAUGCGAGCAGCGUGCCUUUAUGGCGGGGCACCAAAAGGGCCGCAACUAGCAGAACUUCGGCAGAGGCCGCAGCUUCUUGUUGCAACUCCUGGUCGUUUGAAUGAUCUGCUCGAACCACCUGCAGGUUUGUCAGUCGCAGUCGACGUGAAAUCUGUACGCUACCUCGUUCUGGACGAAGCUGAUCGAAUGCUUGAUAUGGGCUUCGAACCCCAAAUCCGCAAGAUCAUCUCCGGAUUACCCAAGGAACGUCAGACUGUGAUGUUCACCGCCACCUGGCCACUGAGCAUUCGCCGAUUGGCCGCUGACUUCCUUCAGAAUCCUGUGGAAGUCCGUGCCGGAGAGGUCGACGAGCUGCGAGUCAAUGCUGACAUCACCCAGCAGGUCGUGUUCUGCUCUGACAUGCGGCAGAAAGAGGAGUGUUUGGACAAGAUCUUGCGGGAAAGCGGUCAGGAUCAGUGCAUCGUCUUCGUGAACACAAAGCGCAUGUGUGAGGUUGUUUCGCUGCGGACACCCAACAGCAUGGCAAUCCACGGUGACAAGGACCAAAGAGAGAGAGACUUGGCGCUCGGGCACUUCAAGUCUGGGAGCACACGCACGUUGGUGGCCACCGAUGUGGCAGCCAGGGGGCUGGACAUCAAGGCAGUGAAGGUAGUGGUGAACUUUGAUCCACCAAACCGUGAAGAGGACUAUGUACACAGAGUUGGCCGCACUGGUCGAGCCGGUCAAAAAGGCAUAGCCUGGACUCUUCUUACCAGCGAGGAUGGUGCAGCUGGGCGCAGCAUUGCUGAGAUAUUCAAGCGAAUGGGUUUGCCGGUGCCUGCAGAACUCGAGCGCCGUUUGGCAUCUGGUGAGCUAAGAAGUGGUGGCCGCGGACGCAGCAGGAGCGUUGGCCGCCGCUUUUUGGGACCAGGCAUGGACGAUGAUUUCGAUGCCAACGAUCGGUUUGGAUCUGGAUUUCGUGAGGAUUUUGCUCGGACUGUCAAUGACUGCCCCACGUGGUAGUUGUCCAUCCUCUAUGUCAUCACUUUGCUUCGGCCAAAAUUGCCGUUGUCAAAGGGCACAUUCAGAAAGAAACUUCUUCAGCUAUGACAGCUAUGACUGACUUCAUGAACCAGGCCUUUCAAAGCCAAUUUACUCGGGCAACCAGGGCAACCAGGGCAACCAGGGAUCCAAAGAUUUGAUCACCUGGCUUUGAGACACGGCCUCGGCCUAGACACCAAACAGCAUUGGUCCAGU